CCCAAUUAUUUCCUCAACAGGUCACUUCUCAAGGGAGUCAAUGGCAGAACCCAGGACUAAACCAAAAAGUCCUGACUCCCAGCCAAGUGUUUCCCCCUUUUCCUCUUAUCAGUCCCCUAAUUAAGAUCUUUGCUUCCUGCUUCACAAACUGUAUUUAGAAUUGGCUUUUGGGUUUUCUCCAUUACAGGUUUAUUGCCAAACCCUGUGCUCUCCAUGUUGGCAUCCAGGACAGUGGUCCUUAUCAGGCCCAACCUAAUGCCAUCCUUGAAAAGGUGUUCAUAUCUAUUACCAAGUAUCCCGAUGAUAAACGGCUGGAAGGCCUGUCAAAGCAGCUGGACUGGGAUAUCCGAAAAAUCCAAUGCUGGUUUCGCCAUCGGAGGAAUCAGGACAAGCCCCCAACGCUCACUAAAUUCUGUGAAAGCAUGUGGAGAUUCACUUUUUAUUUAUGUAUAUUCUGCUACGGAAUUAGAUUUCUCUGGUCGUCACCUUGGUUGUGGGACACCCGACAGUGCUGGCACAGUUACCCUUAUCAGCCUCUCACAAGUGGGCUUUAUUACUAUUAUAUCAUGGAAUUGGCCUUCUAUUGGUCUCUUAUGUUUUCUCAGUUUACAGAUAUUAAAAGAAAGGACUUCCUGAUCAUGUUUGUGCAUCACUUGGCCACUAUUGGGCUCAUCACCUUCUCCUACAUCAACAACAUGGUUCGGGUGGGGACUCUGAUCAUGUGUCUACAUGAUGCCUCAGACUUCUUGCUGGAGGCAGCCAAGCUGGCCAAUUAUGCCAAGUAUCAGCGUCUCUGUGACACCCUUUUUGUGAUCUUCAGUGCUGUUUUUGUGGUCACUCGUCUAGGAAUCUAUCCAUUCUGGAUUCUGAACACGACCCUCUUUGAGAGCUGGGAGAUGAUCGGGCCCUAUCCUUCUUGGUGGUUCUUCAAUGGCCUUCUCCUGAUCCUACAGGUUCUCCAUGUCAUCUGGUCCUACCUAAUUGUACGAAUUGCUUUCAAAGCUUUGAUCCGAGGAAAGGUAUCUAAGGAUGAUCGCAGUGAUGUGGAGAGCAGCUCAGAGGAAGAUGAUGUGACCACCAGCACAAAAAGCCCCUGUGGCAACAGCUCCAGCAAUGGUGCCAAUCAGGUGAAUGGUCACAUGGGAGGCAGCUACUGGGCUGAAGAGUGAGGUGGUUGAUAUGGGGACUUCAGCACACGUGGACUUGUAGGGCCAUUGGCAACCUACUCCUCUUCAGCCUCCUCACAGCAACACUCCUGUGAUUAGGGAGUGUGCAGGACACUGAGGAGAAUCAAAGAAGCAAAUAUUUUCACUUAAAAAAAAAAACUCUGCCAUUUUGUAUUUAAUAGACUCCAGGUUCUUUCAGUAAUGUUAUUUGCUCUGUGUAUGUGUGUGUAUGCAUGUGCAUUUGUGCAUAUGUGUGAGUUUCAUUGCCUGGGUUGGGGCACAAUUCUGGACUGGGGCCAUUAGGCCUCGCUUGGUCCCCCUUGAACCCACCUCAAUCCCAGAUUUGACUGCUUGAAUAAUGCUGGCUCCAGACUGUCCCCUCCCUUGUUGCCUAUGGCUCUUGAGGCUCUGGCCAUCUGAAUGGAGCAGCGAACUUCAGCUCUAGGUAUCUGCACUGUUUCGGAGCUGGACUGUUUCACAUGAAGUUGUAUAGAAACAGACAACCACGGACAGAUGACCAGGAUUGCUGUGGCCCCUAGCUAGAUCCCCUUCCUACCACCUGGACAGCUGCUGAUACCCUGCUCUUUAUUCAGUGGUACGCAGGGAGUUGGGGGUGGGAGGAAAGAGUGAGCUGAGGGCUGGAGGACAACAGCCACUGCGUGAGCUGUUAACGGUUUAUACUAUUGUUUACUCUUCUGUGAUUAAAAGUGCUUCAGCCCUCA